CUAGUCAUAACUGUAGCAACAAAAGAAAGUGAUGGAUUUCAUCGAUUUAUGCAGUCUGCCAAAUACUUCAAUUAUACUGUGAAGGUCCUUGGUCAAGGAGAAGAGUGGAGAGGUGGUGAUGGAAUCAAUAGUAUUGGAGGAGGCCAAAAAGUGAGAUUAAUGAAAGAAGUCAUGGAUCAUUAUGCCAGUCAAGAGGAUCUGGUUAUAUUAUUUACUGAAUGUUAUAAACCAACACCUAUAAAACCUAUUAUAUUAAAAAUUCAAGGUUUUAUUGGCUAUGCUCCAUAUGUUAACCGUAUAGUUCAGCAGUGGAAUCUCCAGGAUAAUGACGAUGAUCAGCUCUUUUACACUAAAAUUUAUAUUGAUCCAUUGAAGAGAGAAGCUAUUAACAUCACACUGGAUCACAAAUGCAAAAUUUUCCAGACUUUAAAUGGAGCUAUAGAUGAAGUUGUUUUGAAAUUUGAAAAUGGCAAAGCCAGAGCUAAGAAUGUUUUUUAUGAAACAUUACCAGUGGCAAUUAAUGGAAAUGGACCCACCAAGAUUAUACUGAAUUAUUUUGGAAACUAUGUACCUAAUGCGUGGACACAGGACAAUGGAUGCACUCUUUGUGAUGUGAAUGUAAUUGACUUAUCUGCAGUAGAUGUCUAUCCAAAUGUAACAAUAGGCAUUUUUAUUGAGCAACCUACUCCUUUCCUACCUCGAUUUCUGGACACAUUAUUGACAUUGGAUUACCCGAAAGAAGCCCUUAAACUCUUCAUUCACAACAAAGAAGUUUAUCAUGAAAAGGACAUCAAGGCAUAUUUUGAUAAAGCUAAACAUGAAAUCAGUGCUAUAAAAAUAGUAGGACCAGAAGAAAACCUAAGUCAAGCUGAAGCCAGGAACAUGGGAAUGGAUUUUUGCCGUCAGGAUGAAAAGUGCAAUUACUACUUUAGUGUGGAUGCAGAUGUUGUUUUGACCAAUCCAAGAACUUUAAAAAUUUUGAUUGAACAAAACAGGAAAAUCAUUGCCCCUCUGGUCACUCGUCAUGGAAAGCUGUGGUCCAACUUCUGGGGAGCAUUGAGUCCUGAUGGAUAUUAUGCUCGAUCUGAAGAUUAUGUAGACAUUGUUCAAGGCAACAGAGUAGGGCUAUGGAAUGUGCCAUAUAUGGCCAAUGUGUACUUGAUUAAAGGAGAGACACUCCGAUCAGAGAUGAAUGAAAGAAACUAUUUUGUUCGUGAUAAAUUGGAUCCUGAUAUGGCUCUUUGCCGAAAUGCUAGAGAAAUGACUUUACAAAGGGAAAAAGACUCCCCUACUCCGGAAACAUUCCAAAUGCUCAGCCCCCCAAAGGGUAUGUUUAUGUACAUUUCUAAUAGACAUGAAUUUGGAAGGCUGUUAUCAACUGCUAAUUACAAUACUUCCCAUUAUAACAAUGACCUCUGGCAGAUCUUUGAAAAUCCUGUGGACUGGAAGGAAAAGUAUAUAAACCGAGACUAUUCAAAGAUUUUCACUGAAAAUUUGGUCGAACAGCCUUGUCCAGAUGUCUUUUGGUUCCCCAUCUUUUCUGAAAAAGCCUGUGAUGAAUUGGUGGAAGAAAUGGAGCAUUAUGGCAAGUGGUCUGGGGGAAAACAUCAUGAUAGCCGUAUAUCUGGUGGUUAUGAAAACGUCCCAACUGAUGACAUCCACAUGAAGCAAAUUGAUCUGGAGAAUGUAUGGCUCCAUUUCAUCCGGGAGUUUAUUGCACCUGUUACACUGAAGGUCUUUGCAGGCUAUUAUACAAAGGGGUUUGCGCUACUGAAUUUUGUAGUAAAAUACUCACCCGACAGACAGCGUUCUCUUCGUCCUCAUCACGAUGCGUCUACAUUUACCAUCAACAUUGCGCUCAAUAAUGUGGGAGAAGAUUUUCAGGGUGGUGGAUGCAAAUUUCUAAGGUACAAUUGCUCCAUUGAGUCACCAAGAAAAGGCUGGAGUUUCAUGCAUCCUGGGAGACUCACACAUCUGCACGAAGGACUUCCUGUUAAAAAUGGAACACGAUACAUUGCAGUGUCAUUUAUAGAUCCCUGA